GGGAAGGUGGGGAAUGAGUUGGAAGCCAGCAUUUCAUGCUUGAAGCCAAGUAGAGCAGACAUCUCCAGUUACCUGUAAUUCUCUUACUUCCCAAAGCAAAUAUAUUUUCAUUGGAAAUAAUUCUGUAUAAAUUCUGCUUCCAAAUUGGUAGGAUUUUAGAAUUUAAUUUUACCUUCUCAUCCACCUGAGGUGUUGUGGCAGAACUGGCUUUUAGGUCGAUUAUGAUAUCACACAACUAGAGAGCUCCCUGAAUGCUUACUGGACUGGUCUGGUUUCUGCAAUUUAACAUAGCACAAAACUUCACACGUCUUUGAGAGAAUUCAGUUCUUAGUAUAUUCUGUGCUCUUCUCCCUUCCCCUCUAACUGUCCCUUCUUGGUUCUACAAGGUCAGUAACCCAGUGGAAACCCCAAUUUCAUUGUCUGCUGCACUACUUAUUAAGCCUUGAAUUAAAAUAUUUUUCUUUUUUUCUUAACUGGAAUUUGGGGCAAUUGGGUUGUUUCAAAACAAGGGCUAUUUGCGCGGAAGAUAUGGAACAUCAGUAGUUCAAACACAAGUUUCACUCUUCCUCCCCCACAUAAAAGCCAAGAUUAAUGUGGGUGGCUCAGUCGAUUGGGCGUCUGACUCUUGAUCUCAGCUCAGGUCUUGAUCUCAGGGUUGUGAGUUCAAGCCCCGCUUUGGGCUCCAUGCUGGGCAUGGAGCCUACUUAAAAAACAAACAAAAACAAGUGAAUGCAAAGUCUAGAGCUCACUGGGUAGUGUCAGUAAACAGGUGCUGCUGAGAAGCCUAGAGGACAAGGACCACCAAGAAGUUGCAAAGGGAGCCUAAGAUCCGUGGCAUGUUUCUUCCUUGAAAGCUUUUGUUCACUUCUGAGCAGUGGCAAUCUCACCUGGAGGAGACAAGGGGUCUGGUUCAGAAGUCGGACACAGCGUGGAGGCUCUGGAAAGCCUGGCGUUAUCUUCACAGACCCCUCCAUACUGCUCUGGCAGUUACGUCUACUUCCCUUUACAAGUGGGCUUUGCAAGGCAGGGGCGAUGUGUGUCUUUACCGCUGCUGCACCCUUGCUGCUGGGAGUCAUCAGGCAGCCAAUGUUUGUUCGAUGUCACUGAGGAAGGACUGAAUGAGAACUGCUUAGCAGCCCGCGCUAGUACUUACUAAGAGGCUCUUCCACCAAGAACUUAAAAGAGACUGCCGAGUUGCUUCAAGGAACCAUGGUUAAACCCAGGAGGGGAUGUCCAGCAUGAGGAUUCUUCAGUUUCCUCUUCUGUCCAGAGCUGAGCUCUCAGUGAAGGGACCACUGGUUGCCUGGCCAGUCGCGCUCCAACCAUGACGCCUAAACAUUGCUUUCUAGGCUUCCUCAUCAGUUUCUUCCUGACUGGUGUAGUAGAAACUCAGUCAGCCCAUGAGUCUCUGAAGCCUCAGAGAGUACAUUUCCAGUCUCGGAAUUUCCACAACAUUUUGCACUGGCAGCCUGGGAGGGCUUGCACCAGCAACAGCUGUGUCUAUUUUGUGCAGUACAAAAUAUAUGGACAGAGACAAUGGAAAAAUAAAGAGGACUGUUGGGGUAUUCUAGAAUUCUUUUGCGACCUUACCAACGAAACAUCAGAAAUACAGGAACCUUACUAUGGGCGGGUGAGGACCACCUCGGCUGGGAUCCACUCUGGCUGGACCAUGACACAGCGCUUCACUCCCUGGUGGGAAACAAAAAUAGAUCCUCCAGUCCUGAAUAUAACCCAAGUUAAUGGAUCUUUGUGGGUGAUUCUCCAUGCUCCAAGUUUACCAUACAGAGACCAAAAAGGAAAAAAUGUAUCAAUAGAAAAUUACUAUGAGCUAGUAUACCGAGUCUUUAUAAUUACUAAUUCACUGGAAAAGGAGCAAAAGGUAUAUGAAGGAGCUGGCAGAGUUGUCAAAAUUGGAGCUCUGGCACCUCAUGCUGGUUACUGUGUGGUGGCUGAAAUGUACCAGCCCAUGCUAGACCGAAGAAGUCAGAGAAGUGAAGAGCAAUGUGUGGAACUUCCUUGAAGGGGUAUGGAGUGCUCCACAACACGGAAAUCAAAAGCUCUCUGACAAUGGGAUGGCUCAUGAUUGAAGGAUCUCACUGAAAGUUGUGUUUAUAUUUUCUUGAUGCCGUGUUCACCAUUACAUCUCCGGAGCUCUUUGUUUGUCCAUUCUUUCUUCCUUUACAUUUUACUUAUAAACUAAUUUAAGUACCACCUCUCAAAACAUUGGAAUUUAUAGAGGAGGCAGAAAAUAAAGGGCUCUCUGAAAUGCAGAACUUUAUUUCUCAAUGCAACAUCCCAACAACAAUCUGCAUUGCUCUAAGACAGCUAAGUAAACUUUUGAGAGCCAAGGUUAGAGUAGACAUUUGAUAAAAUAUUGUUGGAUUAAUUAUUUUAAGAUAACAUUACAGACAGAAACAAUUCUGAAGCAAUCCUUUUCACUCUCUAUUGAAACAGGUAACUUGACAUAGAUAGGCCAAUUUUUACAUAAAUGGAACUUUUACUUGAAUGAAUAUUUUCCCAUAUGUUUCCUAGUUCAUAUGAAUAUACUUUUUCAUACAUUUCUAUUUUAAAAUACUUCUACUUAAGAACUGGUAUUUUCUUUUAUAUUCUAUGUAAAUAAAUAGUAUUUGAAAAAA